ACAACAUCUUCGUACGGUACGAUACCAGGUACUUCCAAAUCAAAGCGGCAACGACACAAUCAAUAGCAAUCACCCUCCACAACAGCUGCGAUACUUCUACAUUUGCGGUCACAGAAAAAAGGGACGAAGAAAGAAUGGAAAAAGAUGGAGCCAACGAGGAUACGAAGCAAGCGGAGACAACCUCCCGAAUUGCAUUUGGGUCCUGCCACAAGAGCGACAAGUCUGCCACGCCACCUAUAUGGGAAACCAUCCUCCCUCCUCCAGAUGGCGGCGAUCCCGUUACACCGGAGACGCCGCGACACCUCGACGCGUGGCUUUGGCUUGGAGAUGCAAUCUACCCUUCGCAUAGGGACCCCGUCACCCACAAGAAAUACUACGGGCCGGCGCCCCCGGCGGAAGUGGAGGCCCACCUCCGCGCCAUGAAGCACGAGAACGCCACCAUUGGGUACAAGGGCUUCCUCGACCGAUUGGAUCACUACUACCACUCUUCCCGAGGUUUCGACUCCGGUGGUCGUCCACUCAUCACGGGAGUGUGGGACGAUCACGACUUUGGUGGCAACGACAUGGGUGCCAAGAUGCCCGAAAAGAAACGGCGCCAAGCGGUCUAUCGCGAAUUUCUAGGGAGCGGGGCGGCCGGUGCCAGGGGCGAGCAACCGGACAAUCCCUCGCGGGAGGGAAUGUACCACAGGGUCGACCUGGAGAACGGAAGGAUACGAAUACUUGUGCUCGACACGAGGUGGUUCCGCGAGGACCAUUGCAUACCGAGCAUCGCACACAGGAUACCAAUGGGAAACGCGGUGGCCUGUCUGACGCGGUGGAUGACCUCGGUGCGUACAGUUUCAAAAUAUUUCCUCUUGUUGUGGCAGCUUCGUAUGCUCUGUGGCUAUUGUAGAUUCCAUAUUCUUAUCGGUUUCGAAAUGCUGGUUGCUUUCGUCUCGUCUCGUCUCGUGUCCUGUCAUUCUGUGUCGUGCCGUGUAAAACCGCCUAUUCCUUUUCGUAUUUGAAACGCCCACGCCUCGAUGCAUUGCACGAUAGGGUUUGUUGCUUCACAAGUAUGCCUGGCUUUGGGGAAAGGGUAACUGCAGAAACGCAAAGGUUUUGGGAGAUGAUCAAUGGGCGUGGCUGGAAAACGAACUGCUCGUCGAGUCGUCCCAACCGUCGUCCACGGCAGCAAAGCUAGAUCCACCCGAGCUCUUUGUGAUUCUGAGCAGCGUCCAGGUUUGGAGCACCAACCCCAUCAUGGAGGGCUGGGGACACUUCCCAAGGGAACAGGAGCGCCUCUGGAAUCUCUUGCGAACGCAUUACGGCGCUGCGUCUCCCGCUGCCGAUAUCGGAAGCAGGGGGAGCGACCGGCGUGCAGAACCCGCACCGGUGAUGUUUUUGAGCGGGGACGUACACCACGCCGAGAUUUCUGGUCAACCAGGGUACUACGAAAUCACGAGCAGCGGACUGACCCAUCACUGCGGACAACACAAAUUAUACGGACGGGUCUGCAAACCGGUCCUGGACACAUUUUCUGCACAUAGGUCGGGCGCUCCUCCAUCGCCAAGGAGCGGGAAGCGAAAUAAGAACCGUGACAAAGAAACCAAAGUUGCCAGCGACGAAGAACUAGAUGGCGGACAAGGAGGAUAUUACAUCGGGUUAAAUUUCGGUGUUCUUGAGGUCCUGACAGGCGAGGAUGGCGGGAAGCGCGAGGUUCUUGCUGGGGUCAAGAAUGCGACGGGGCAUACCGUUUUAGAGGUGAGCCAGGCCCUUGCCGGGCACGGCCCCGUCCCCGUUCUGCCUCCGUACGAGCAAAUCGCACACACAUGGGAUGGCCACUUGAUUCCUUACGCUCGCGGUUUCCUGCUGUGGGCAGUGAUCGGUUUGGCCUCAAUCCGUACUCUGUUGAAGCAGGGAUAGAUAGUGGUUGUGUAUUCGUAAUUCUUAGCUAUAGAUAUCGAUACUGCGCAAGCUUUGUAUGAUUUUGCGUUUCUUAUGGUAGCACCACUUAAUUUUUUCGACUUUCACCUCCAACAUGAAAACUUCCUCCUCUAUACUGAUGUGUUUCAUUACGUAUGUUCCAGCAUGUUCGGAUCUACACCGUGUUUUCAGUGUUUGAUCUCUACUGACAUAGUCUCUGUAAUUGGUGAACCCGCUGGGAACCUGCAGAGGAAUACGUUUUUUUUGUGCACAGGCAAUAUGGAUUCUUGACUCCCUAGACGCAAUUUACGCAUACUGAUGGUGGCAGCGCAUUCGUCGGCAUUCACAGAUUCCUUGCUUGGUCGGCGCAUACCUCUCCGGUAGAAUCUUGUCUCGAGGGCAGUAUUUCUAAGACAGGAUAGUGUUAACACAUAUAAAACAUAGUCUUUCAC